GUCAUAUCUACUGCCUGUUUUAGAAUAAAAAUCUUUGGUGAUUUGGUAUAUUAGUGUGAAGUGUGGUGGCUUAGAAGAAGUGCCGUUUUAAAAGAAUUUUGAGAUUGCAUGAAGACUUUAGAAAAUCCAGGCUUACUUCCGCUUGUUAUUUUAUGUGACACAGUCUUUUCUAAACAAGAAUUUACUACGGUUUAUAAAUGGAAACAAUUGGAAUUCGACUAUCCAUCAGCACUUGAGCGGGAACAGGCAAUUCAAAAUGGGAAUUUUGACCCUGCUAAACUGGUUCCCAUUGACGUAGAUGUUUAUUAUGCACGUCAUUUUGUUGACAAUAAAAUGUUUAUAACAAUUCCAAGAAAUAAACCAGCAACGCCUGCUUCUCUUGGUACUAUUUCUGGAAAAAAGAUUAACGAAAAUCCUGUAAUUACACCCUAUCCCAACUGGGACUGGCACCUAAAUCCAGAAAGUUGUAAUAAAAACAGGAUUGUAUCAGUAUUUAGGGUCAUGGUUGAUGAAUGUAGCAGAUUAUGGGUUUUGGACACCGGAGUAUUGGGCACGAGGAUGGUUUGUCCGCCACAACUAUUAGUUUUUGAUCUAAAAUCGGACACACUAAUUAAUAAAUAUGAAUUUCCAAGUAAUCAGUAUGAUCUUCGCUCCAUGAUGGUAACUCCAAUUGUAGAAGUUCUGGAUAGAACCCGCUUCUGUCGCAAUACCUUUGUCUAUAUAGCUGAUUGCCAAGCGUUUGCUCUUAUCGUUUAUGACUUUAACGCAAACAAAUCAUGGAGGAUAAUUGACAAGACAAUGUUUCCUUAUCCAACUUACGGAACUUACACAAUAUUAGACGAUAGGUUCGAGCUUAUGGACGGCAUUCUAGGUAUGAGUUUGUCUCCCAUUUCUGAUGGAAUAGAAAGAAAAUUAUUUUACCAUGCGGCAUCUAGUCCGACUGAAAAUUGGGUAUAUACUGCUCACCUGAGGAAUGAAUCAUUAUUUUCUGUUGAUCAACCUAAAUUAUUUCACACUUUAAACGGACAACGAAAAACUCAGUCAUUCGCGGAGGCUAUAGAUUCAAAUGGUAUAUUGUAUUAUGGAUUAGUGGAAGAUAUUAAAAUAGCCUGUUUUAAUACCAAAUCGGGAUACUACGGGAAUGACGGUUGGGCUACAGAUAUUGUAGCAGAUAAUCCUGUGAGGUUUCAGUUUCCUAGUGGGAUGAAGAUAUCAAAGAACAAACGACAAGAAGAUGAAUUGUGGAUACUUACUUCCCGUUUUCAAAAACUUCUUACAGGUUCUUUAAAAACAGACGAAGUUAACUUCAGAAUAUUGGCAGUAAAAAUUGACAACUUAAUACCUGGGACACGCUGUCAACCGACGAAUAAAACUAACGAAGAUGAUGUCUAUAAUGUAUUUAUACAUAUUUAUAAUUCGAAUCAAAACGUAUGAAUGCUCUAAGGACAUUCUUAAUGUGAUUAAAAAAAUAAAUUUUAUUUUUGUAAA